UUCAGCAUCCUUUCUCCUUCUUCUUCUUGAUUUUGUAGGCCAAUGGCAAAAAGGAGUAAGGGUCGUCAAAAGAUAGAUAUGGUGAAGAUGCCUAAUGAAAGCAACCUCCAAGUUACCUUCUCGAAACGCCGGUCUGGGCUUUUCAAGAAGGCUAGUGAGCUUUCCACUCUUUGUGGUGCUGAGAUUGCUAUCAUCGUUUUCUCCCCUGGCAAGAAGGUUUUCUCCUUCGGUCAUCCAGGUGUUGAGGUGGUGAUUGAUCGUUUCCUCUCUCGAAACCCUCCCCAAAACUCACCAACUAUGCAACUCAUUGAGGCUCAUCGCAACGCUAGCGUUCGUGAACUCAAUGCACAACUCACUCAGGUGCUCACCCAAUUGGAAAUGGAGAGGAAGAGAGGAGAGGAGCUUAACCAAAUGAGGAAGACUGGCCAGAAUAGAUGCUGGUGGGAGGCUCCAAUCGAUGACCUUACCAUGCCUCAACUAGAGCAGCUGAGGAUGUCACUGGAACAGCUGAAGAAGAAUGUGGCAAUGCAAGCUGAUAAGCUUCUAAUCCAGAAUGCACAAUCUCAACAGUUUUUUGCUUCCAGUUCUACUGCUCCUCCUCCACCCCUUCCUAAUAACAAUUUCAUGUUCAAUAUUCCAAACAUGGGUACUCUUCCUGGAUACAAUAAUUUUGGAUAUGGACGUGGGUUUUAUUAAGCUUGGUAUUGCUUGCUUGGAGAAGUUGAAAUGAUGUCUUAAUUUUCUUAAUUAGCCACAGAUGCAGAUUACAGUAUUUCCUUAUGCAAUUUUCUUUAGAGUCUUUAUUGUUUGAUGUCUUAAUAUUCUUAAUUAGCCACAGACAAAGCUUAUGGUUAUAGCUUUUCCAUAUGUAAUUUUCUUUGGAGUCUUUUCUAUUAUCUUAUAAGGUCAUGUUGUAAGUCAUGCUUUAUGUUAUUGGACUAUUAUUGCUUCUGCUAUUAUGCAAGAACAAAAGUGCAUCUUAUGAUAUGGGGUAUAGCUAAGCUUUCAUUGAAUUUUCAUAUUUAGGGUUUGCAGAGUAGAAGAACACAUGAUUUAGUCAUCAAGAAUCAAUGGAUUUGGACUGUAAUAACUAAUUGUACUAUAAUAUAUCAUAAUUAGGCAAGAUUUUUUUUAAUUAGGGUUUGGAGUUUGAAUCAGUUUGACAAUAUCAAAAUUUUAGAGAAUAAUUAAUAUGAUUUAAGCUUCUUUUUUUUUUUUUAACUUACAACAAUGAAUAAGACUUAUAGCUUAUAUUUAUUAGUACCUUUUCACAUUCAGAAACAUAUCUCUACAAAUAACACAUCAUCUUUAAUUAUUGAAGUAGUUAAUUGUAUACAAUCAAAUCAUUCUAAUCUCAAUAUAUAUGUGAAAUUUUUCUUAACUAUAAUUUUGAUUUCAUGAUAAUACAUUCAGGU